AUGUUGGAAAAAGUUAUUCCUGGAAGGAAUCUCUCACGGGUUUCUGUGACAUCUCAGGAGUAUUUUGAUCCGAUGAAACAAUUCCGUGCCGCACGAAAGAUCUACAAUUUGAUAUCUGAAAAUGGUGAUCUGGUGAACAAAUGCCAUGGAUUCACAAUUUUAGUUUUAUUACUCGGCAUUGUUCUCACAUUAACGGGAAGUGGAUAUCGAGCUUUUAUGAUAAUUAUGAAAAACUUGUCAUGGAGAGAGACGCCAGGAGUCUUAUACGUUCUUGUAAUGACAAUAACAAUUUUAAUAGCUAUUGUCGUCCAUUGUAACAACACAACUCAACUUAUUAAAAAACUUGCAACAACUGUCAACAAAAUUGAAUGUGAAAACUUUGAUUACCUUAAAACAGACAUUCGGCAAGUUCUUGAAAGUUUUUAUUCACAAUUAAUCAGUCAACCAGUUGAAUUCACUGCAAAUGAUUUCUAUACAAUCAAUUUGGCUCUUUUGGGAUCUAUAAUAACAAGUGUCACGUUCUAUGAAAUUAUUCUUGUCCAAUUUUAUGCAUCUUAA